AAGAAGUAUAGACACAUGGCCCAAAUUGAUAAGAAUGUAAUCAAUACAAAUAGGGGCCUCAAAGUCAUAAUGGAGAGCAAUUCGGAGAAGACACUCGAGAUUUCCAAACUCUCAAUACCCAAGAGCCUUCAAAUCUUGGAUUUUGAUCCCUGGCAAGUGAUAGCUCGCCGAAGCGUGGAUUGGUACAAACACGCCCAAACGCCCAAUAUCGCCCUCAUGAUUUUCGUCAACGCCCAAACUCACGUGUACACGCUCAAUGUGCUCCAUCGAACCUAUGAGGAAGGCCGAAUCAAGGACACGGAUCACUUGGACGAGAUCAUUCAGCGAUUCUUCGAUGGAUCCUGUCCCUGUUACGGGUUCAGGCCAAAUAUGGCUUCUUCUCUCCAAUUUGUGGAGGAUUGUAGAGUGUUGGUGGACACAGCAGAGGUCAUUUGUGACAAAUGCCAAGAGCACACCAUGUUAUUUAAGGAUAACGACGACGAUGACGAUAUCCGUAUUGCUGAUGCUGAAGCUGAAGCCAUUGAGGACGAGGAGGAUCUAAAAGCCGUUGUAGACGAGGAACUAGUCAAAGCCUUGCUUCAAGAUGAUCCAGAAAUCAACCCCCUGUUUCCAGAUACGAAUCCCAAGAGGGUUGGCUAUCUGGCGUGUGAAUCAUCCGAUAAUGAAGUCAAGGAAGAGGACAAUGCUCAAGAGCCACCAGAUAACACGAUUGUGGCUGAAAGUGACCCUGAGUACGAGGUCAAAAGGAAGGAUGAAUCCACGGUUCUGGCUCAACGGUCGUCGCGUCGAGUUCGAAAAAAAGCGGCGGUAAUGUAUGAUUCGUUUUUGGAGGACCCUGAUGACCCCAAAGAUCUAUCUGAUGUCAAGGCCUCAUCGAAGGUGCUGGAACGUAAGGAGGACGAUACCGAGGAUGAAGAAUUUGUACCUGAUCGCUCAGACUCGGAAGGAGACGAGACCGAAGAUCGGAGGAGCCGUAAUAUCUACCUUCCUCGAGGAUACGAAGUGUUGAGCCUUUCCGAGAAUGAGUCCAGAAUUCCUUGUCCACAUUGCAACAUGCUACUGAAGACCGCCAGUUCCCUUAGAUCGCAUUUACGGUUUCACGGUUUUCACAAGGUGGUCAAAGCUCAAACCAAAGCAAGCAAACUCCCCAAACUCUCAUGUUCACAUUGUGAUGCGGAAUUUAGACACCCAAAAGCCAUGACCAAACAUCUCAAGAAUAAGCAUGGCGUGGAAAGUGAAGAUAUCCAACACAUUCGAGAGAAAAAUCAGUGCUGGAUUUGUUCUCAGAUCUUCAAGAAUCGAAAUUUGCUGCAAGUUCAUAAGAAAGAAGAGCAUCUUUUAGGUGAUUGGCAAUGUCUAUUUUGCCACGAAACGCCUCGUCAUGGCCAAGAAGUCAUGGAUCAUUACGAAUCCAACCAUCGCAAGAGUAAUUUCAAGAUCUUUUGCGUCAUCUGCAGUAAAAAGAUAUGUUUCUCUGAAGGCUUCCAAGUGCUGCAGGAUCAUUGGAAAGUCUGCUACCAUAAGCGUAAGAAAGAAAAAACGGCCAUCUAUAAAGAGCGGCAACAGAAGACGGUCAAGGACACGAAAGUGCAACACGUUUGCGACCUGUGCGGAAAAAUUCUUCGCUCAAAGAAGAUUCUACAGGAGCAUCAAAACGAACAUCGUGGGAUCUUCAAAUACCAAUGCCCUGACUGCAACUACAAGUCUGCUUUCCGGCUCAAAUUCAAGUACCAUCGCACGCAUAAACAUCUGUCUGAGGGAACGAAGAUUAGUGACUACGUUCCAUGUGAAUAUUGUGGCAAGAUUGUGAAUAGCGGAUCCUUACACAGUCAUAUUGCCCGAUAUCAUUGCCAACCAACAUUGCCGUGCGAUCAAUGUGAUAAACUGUUCAGCUCACAAGGAUUACUCAAUGGUCACAAGAACACGGUUCAUGGAGAAAAGAUUCCCGUUAAAUGUCAAGUCUGUGGACUAGUCCUGAAAUCUAAAUUCAGUCUUCGUGGUCACAUGGCGACCCAUGCUCCUCCGAAAUUUACCUGCCGUUUUUGCGGAAAAGGUCUGAAAACCCGAUUGUCAUUGGGCAAUCACGAGCGGAUCCACACCAAGGAAAACCCCUACAAAUGUGAUCAAUGCUCCUUUGCGUGUGCCACGGGGGGGAACCUGUUGCUCCAUAAAAAGCGCAAACAUGACUUGCAAAAGAAGUUUUUCCACUCUCGUUUCCAAUUGCCAGAGGAAGCCAAGAAGGAAAAUCUCUGAUUGUUAUGUCAUUUUUUCCUUUCUUUUGGAGCUAGUUCAACCCCUUCAAGAAAAGUGAUCCUGGUUAUUGUGAGGAAAUAAAUGAUUUUCGCAUGCCAA